AUGCUCGGCGUAUGGUUCCUCGUUGAUGCGCAUUUCAAUAAUUUUGGAGAAGACCCUAUUGGGACCAGAGUUACUAAGAAGCCAUGGCGGUAUGACGCAAAAGAAGAAGAAAAAGAAGAGCAUAAAAUAGUGGAUCAGGAAAUUGGCGAUGGUGUCAUGAAGCAGGAAAUGUCAUUGGCUUCCAUCAUCCCUCAGCAUUCGAGUACUCCGACUCAAAGUCAUGCGGUCGCGACUCCCAGCCCAUCUCUACCCGAUCGCGUUGUAGUGAUGGCAAAGCUUCCCACAGACGACACACGCUGGGUACAUACCGACCUACCAGACUGGCAAUCAGCCAUUUACGACAUCGACACUGAGACUCCACACAAGACAUCGAAUCUGGAUCCGCUCACAAACAGUACGCUGCAUACGCUUCGGAACAAAGGAAUGGAAGCAAAUGCAUACCUCGCAUACAUUGUGCAAAAUUACGAUAACCUCCCUUCAACAAUCGCCUUCAUUCAUCCACACAAGGACGGCUACCCAAUCGCCUGGCAUACUGACAACAGCGAACAUUCGAAUGUAGUCUCUCUACAAACCCUCAACAUCAACUUCAUCCAAAGUAACGGCUAUGCGAAUCUGCGGUGCGUUCCUGAUCCUGGCUGCCCGCACGAGGUAAUGCCGUUCCGAGAUCCGCCGGAGGAACAUCGAACAAUCGAAGCAGCGAUGCCAGAUGCGUGGCGAGAUUUGUUCAACAACACAGAUGUACCACACAUACUGGCGACUCCUUGCUGUGCACAGUUUGCCGUGUCGAGCAAGCAAGUGCGGAGGCGGCCGUUGGACGAAUACAAAAAGUACUAUACGUGGUUGAUGCAAACCCCAUUAAAGGAUGAGACCAGUGGACGGGUGUUCGAGUAUCUUUGGCAUAUUUUGUUUGGCCAAGCGCCGGUCUACUGUUCUGCAUACGAGAAGUGUUAUUGCGAUGUGUACAACAAAUGUUGA